AUGAAAUUUUUAUUAUCUUUAAUUAUUGCUUUUUUAACAUUUUCAAAUCAAUGCUUGUCUCAAUCCUCAAACUCUGCUUCAUCUUCAUCCUCGUCAAGUUGUCCUGAACAUUAUUCUGGUGAAAAUUGUGAAAUUUUAAAUCAUUAUUCAAACUAUUAUUAUGCUGCACCACCAGAACCUGAUACAAUAGAGUUUAUUGGUUUAUUUGGUGAUACUCAUAACAAUUUAGAAAUUACAAUUGGUGGUCAUAAUUGUGUAAUUAGAAAUGUAAAUUAUUAUAGAGUUAGUUGUUUUUUAGAUUAUUCAUUGAAUUUAUACCAAUUAUAUGAUGUUGAAAUUACACAAAAUAAUAUAACAUGGUUCCAAGAAGAUUUCUAUGGACCUUUGAUUGAAGAUUGUGGUAAUGGUCAAUUUUAUAUGGGCGCAUGUCAAUGUUAUCUUGGAUGGACUGGUCAAAAUUGUAAUAUUGAAGCAUUACCAUUUGUUACUACUGUUACACCAGUUUCAGUAGAUGGUGGUGUUUUUACUCUCACUGGUUGGUUUGGAAGUGAUCAAACUGAAUAUUCAUUUGAAAUUGGUUUAAAUAAAGUUAAAAUUCAUUUGACCCAAUCAGAUAAAAUCAUUGGAUAUGUCACUCAAGGUCCAAAUGGUUUUGCUGGAAAUCAAGAUAUUAAAAUUUACAAUUCAAAUAAUGUUUUAGUAUACACUGGUGUUAAUCAAUUCUUAUAUGAUCCAAACCUUUGUUUUAAUAAUUGUUUUAAUAUGGGUACUUGUAAUAAUGGAGUUUGUGAAUGUUUCCAUCCAUGGAUUGGAGAUUUUUGUUCUCAUACUAUUGAUUCCAAUUUAUGUCAAUGUUCAAAUUAA